CUCGUCUCCAGUCUCCACUCCCCGACCACUCGUGCUUCUUCUCUCCCACUGCGACCUCACGACGACCACGACCGCGACAGACCCUGGACCAUCCCGACUGCACGACUGCGGUUCCCUGCUCCCGUUGACUGUCUUCCAGCCACGCCAUUCACUCAUUCAUUCAUUCAGUCACUUUCAUUCAUUUCGUUCGUUCAGUUCAGGACGGGCAUUCCAGUCCAGGCGGCGGGCACUGGGCGCUCUCGCUAUUGUGCCACUCAUUCAGUCCCGUCUGGUGCUGAGUACGUCGGUGCAUGCCCCAGCCUUCCGUUUCUCUGUCUCAACCAAUUCCCGUCCUCAGUUUCAUUCUUCACAAUCCCGCGCCCACCCAGCAACAAUCUCUUGUACCUACCUCUACCUACACAAACCUACCACCCACCUGUUGAAUCGAUCUGAACCGCGCUACCGAUUUCCUCCCCUUCGACAUUAGGAACAAAAAAAAAAAAAAAACAGCAGCAGAUUCGUGCAUUUUUCCAAUAGGUUAUCCAUCGCAAUUAGUCGCUGGCCCACUCGAUCAAGGUUUCCUACGACGGCAGUUAUCCAUACACACGCGCCGCAUCCGUCUAUCCAUGAUACAACAUUUACCCGAUUCUGGUACUUUACCAAUUCGCUCACGGAACUUGCUUCUUGCUCGCCCCUCAUUCUGUCAGAUCCUGUUUGUCCCAACCGAACUUUGCCACACCUGAGCAGCAACGACAACAGAACUGAACAAGGCCCCCAACAAGCAAAAACAAACAAGAUCCAGUCCCACCUCGUGAACCAACAUUUCACACAACCCAUACGCCCACGACCCGCCAACCUCGCCCUUUCCAUCAUCUUCAUCCACCGUUCCCGCCCUGCAUCCCGACACCAACGCCCUGGUCGCACUCGUGCCAACGCUAAUCACUCUGCUCAUCCCGGCUGCUUGGAACAUCACCCGAUAGGCAUUCCAACUUCGGAUCAACAAGGAUUCGGCCGUCGCAUCGCUCGUGUAAAGGGGGUCCAGGUGGAAUCCUCGCUAGGGCUUUGGGAUAGUGAUCGGCGGGCCCCAGGGUCUUGGGUGACGACUAUGAAUCCUCACCACUGACUAGAUCGCUGUCGUCACUCCACGUCGCAAAACGUCCCCAUUUACACCAGAGGAGCCUUCCCGUUGCGACACCCCCCCGAUACCACCACCAAUACCCUUUGGCCGCACAUCACAGCGUGGACCUUGCCCUGCAGGACCAGCCGACACCGCCGGCAAUGAUGGAGACCUUACGGCUAAAGACUCGGCCAUCGGUCGAAGACGAUAUCGAAAACUGGGACGAUGACGACUUCCUCAUCGAGGGCGACGACUUCACCAUUCACAGCCACUCCACCGCGGCCAACGCUCACCCCCAUCGCCGCGAUUCUCACUCGUCCUUCAGGUCAGAUUUCGAAUCCAUCCAUGGAGAGGAGGAAAGGCAGGUCCAUCUGCCAGGCGACGAUGAAAAGUCAACGUUGGACGCCCUAGCUGCCGCUGAGAGGGCUGGCAUUCCAUUACCGAAAAAUGUAUCUCCCUCAGCCCUUAUGGGAGGCACCAUCAAGAGACUUGGUGGGAGGAAAAUCAGAAAGAUUAUUCAGGAGGACUGGGUUGAUGAUUUGGAGUUCCCUUCCGAUGCCGGCCAGUUGCAAAUCAAGAAGCGGGAUAGUUCGCAAUUCCCAGAGGCGAUACGGCAGGUUAGCGGCUCGUUCCAGCCACAUACUCAACCCCCGCGCAGAACCAGCGGCUCCUUCUCAGGUCGCCUGGAGCCUGUGCGGAAAAUCAGCGGGUCGUUCGGCCGUCCAGAGGCCAUGCGCAAAGCGAGUAACACGUUUCCAAGCCGUGCCUUACCCCCGCAGAAACUCACCGUUAAGCCUAUGGACGUAGUCCAAGUCAGAAAGGUAUCCCGCCCGUCGCUUACUUCGACUGGCCUUAUCGACAUAGAACGCUUUCGGGAUAAGGAUGAUGACAAUGAUUUCUUUGGGGAUGGGACUGAGACUAUCAAAGUGAAGAAGAGGCGCAACACCAUAAAGCCCAUCACUUUUCUUACGCCCGCUACUCCUCUAAAGGUCACUCCGGAUGAAGACGACUUCGAACACGAUUUUGAGCUCCCGAUGGACGGGACGCUUAGACUCUCGAAUCGAAGAGAGACCCCCAAGCUUCCGACCCUCAACACCUCGGAUGACUUCGAGUGGGGCGAAGGGAGUCUUGGAACUCGUUUCGGCGGUACCCGUCGCGACCAUGCCUUUUCAACCUCAUCUGUGUCAGCCUUUAGCCCUAGCAUAGCAAGCUCUACUGUAGCAGAAAGUGAAGACGAAUUUGAUGGCAUCAUCCUGCCCCCGGGACCACUCAACUGGGAGGAGAGAUUGCACCGUCGCCGGCAAAGCAGGUCUUCGGAACGGAUUCGGGAAGAACCAGUUAUUGUGGAAAGAGUCCAGAAGAAAGACAGAGAGGAGCAAGAAGACUUCCUCUCUGGACUGGAUAUUGGCGAUGGGGAGGUAUUUGACUCCAAGAAGUUGACCCUACAUCGUAACAUCAAGGUCAAGGACACUAGAGGCGAUAGCCCAAAUCGACCCAAAGCUUCAGUGGCCCUCAAGUUCACCAACAAGCCCGUGGCUGCUUCUCGUCUUCCACGACCUAUGGGAUCGAUGGGGUCGUUAGUGAGCCAUGAGCGAACCCAAACACAGUCCUCGCUCGAGCCUGUGUCUGAGACGGGAGAAGCAGAUACGAGGAGCUCCUCAAGACGAUCACUGACGCGCUCGGGACAUCACUCGCAGGCUUCUAUUUCAAAUGUCAUGUCCUCAGGGGCAUCGCAGCCUGCGCCGUCUACAACAACCACACGUAGGAACAUGGCACAGAAGACGACUGCGACAUCACAAAAGGCCGAGCCCACCACUACAAAUGCUCAGCUUCUCCGCAUGAAGCGUUCGAUGCCUGGUCUUCGGCCUCAAAGCCAGACACGAUCAUCAACAACACGCAGCUACGAGCGUCCCCCAUCGCGGACCGAGGCAACCCGGGCGCAAAGCUCUGUACGACCAAAGACCCCAGUGGAGCGAGUGCGAAAUAUGGAAAGCACUGUCACCACAGGCCGGAAGGGCUCUGUCCCCUCGGUUGCCCCUUUCUUGCCGGCUGGAGCAUCGGCAUCCCAAUCGUACAAUGUCAAUUCCACCAGAAAUACACGAAACCUUCGUCGACAUGACUCUGAGGGCGGUAUCGAUUAUCGGCCUACCUCCCGAGGAACUUGCUCCCGGGCCUCCAACAAACGCUCGCCCAGCCCGCGCAAGCACAGAUCCGUCGAUUUCUUGGCUGCCGAAGGCAACCGGAAGCAGCUCAACAAGCCGUUCCGGGUUAGGAACUUUGGAGAUGGCCACGAACUGGACGGAUUUGACGAUCUUCCCACUUCCACCCAGGCGGAGGCUAAGUAUUUGAGGCAACCUGUUAACACUGGACCCAAGGCCCAAGCCCGGAACAGGCUCUACCAGAACAUCGCCCCCAACGAUCGAAACAACGUUACGCCCUCGCCUCCCGUCAUGUCGCGGUCCCCGGCCCGGUUUAACGAUUCCAACGUCCCCAGUUUCGCUCGUGAUACCGCCGCGAGCCGGAGAGCCCGGGAAUCCUGUCUGGCCCAGCGCAACGUUUCUGGGCAACUUGCUCCACUCACGGCCCAACGGGUUGCGCAACUGUCAACCAACAGAGUUGUCAAGGGCAUGUGCUACAACCCAGAGACGUUUCGGUGGGAAGGGAACGAUAAUGUGUUGCGGGCGUUUGAGGCACCAGUAUCGUCACCAUCGACGGCGUCAGUCAAGCUACAGCAUGCCGUGCGCGAGAGGGAGAGCGCGACACCGCGCCCAGCUCUGAUCACCAACAUUGGGACGACCAAGGGCGUCCAGGUGGUCAAGGGGAUGGUGUUUGAUCCACAGAAUAUGUGCUGGCUCAAGUUGGGUCCGCAAAACGACAAGGCAGCAGAGCGGGGACGGUCAAAGAACGGUUCAGUCUCGGAGGCGAUGGAUGACGAGGACGACGUGUUCAAGGACAUCCCCGAUUUGGAGGACCAUACAAUCACCUCCACGGACGGGGGUAGCGGCAGGACCAGCGACGUCAAGGAUGACUGGCUGGUUGGCGAGGAGUUUGAUGUCGGGCCGGAGUUUGUGCGUCGGCAGCGUGAGGAGGAAGAAAGGUGGAGGAAGAAGUGUCAGGCGUGGGCGACGGGGAGGUCGCAGCGUGGUGAGGCGUGGAAAUGGGCUAUUCGUGAUAUUGUCAAAGGGACAGUGGAAAACUAAAGGAUACCCCUUUUUUUUCUUUGUCGGUCGGUUCGGUUAGGUUGGGUUGGUAUUUUGUCUAUCGUGCAAUUGGCAUGCGGUCGGUCGUCAGGCGGUUGGCGGUCAAGGGAAAGGUUUUUUUUUCUUUUUUUGUUUUACGAUGCUAUGAUGACUCUUUUCUCUCUUAUUCUCAUUUCUUUCCAUACCCGAUAUGACCUUUUUUCUUCUCACUUCUUCGUCCGUCUUCGAUGGGGUUUCAAAACCAUAUCCAGUAUAAUCGUGGGUGAUGCUGAGAAUAGGCCCUGUGAGUUGGGAGGCUACACUAGCACUGACGUUGUAUGACUACAGCUGUAUAUUGUACUAUAGUACUGGGAAUGGGGGUGGGGGGCGGAUGACAAGGCUAUUGAACGAUGGGGUGAGUGGCGGGUUGCGGAAGCGUAUGAGGAAGAGAAGGGUACGCGGUAGUGGCCUAGCGAAGAUGCUAGAUGGUGAGAAGACAAAGGACCGUGAAGGAUGGAUGGAUUGGCUGGAUGAGGUUGAAAGACAACGGCAUAUAAUGGCAAGCACUGGGCGACCAGCAUUGCUUCGACAUCUACACUUAGUUGUUUCUGAGAUAUCAUCAAUCAAAAUCGAUGGCGGCAGUAACUUGACUGCGAGGCCAACGCACCCCA